UAACAUUUUAUUUGAAUUCAUUACACUAGUGUCAGAAGUGGGAUCACACUUGGCUACUUACACCUGUUUGUGGAACUAUUUCAGGAACUGUGGAAUGUCAAGGUCAGAUCUGUCAAAUAUGUAAGAAAUAGCAAUUGAAAUUCAUCUACCAACUUUGGUGAUUUGACCCGGAAUUUCUAUCUACUACGAUUUUGAAAUGUCAUGUCUGUUUGCACAGCUCUUUGGCAUACUUCCUUAUUGGCAUUCCAUUUUCAGUUGCGUUGGCAAGGUACGAUACUCCUUCCUUAAACAAGAUGUGCUCCGCCCAAAUGGUCCUCAUCAUUUUGAUUGGCAUUGCCACCAUUGAAACUGUGACUGGUUUUAGUGGUGGUGCUAGUAAUACCAUGUCCUGUGACACAAUGUUGCCCGACCAUGGUUCUCCCACACCUGAGAGUGGUCCGUUUAGUGUCCCUAAACAUUUCUGUUCCAGUGCUGCAGGAGAUGAGACUAUAGUGUCACUCAAUGCUGAUCUUGCCACGAAGUUUAAAGGGUUUCUGUUGGAGGCUAGGGCAUCACAGGAUGGACCUGCCGUUGGCACCUUCACUCUGCUCACUCCCGCUCACAGCCUCCUUCUUGAGUGCAGUGGGAAUCCAGCAGCUGCUGUUACCCAACCAAACAACCAAGCCAAGACAUUCAUCGAAGCCAAGUGGAGAGCACCAUACAAAGGAGUUUUCUAUUUCAGAGUCACAUUUAUUAAAGACAUGAUGAAGUUCUGGAUACCAGAGGCCAUUAAUAUCACCACCUGUCCUACUACUUCUACUACUACUGUCACUCCUACUACUAUCACUACUUCUACUACUACUGUCACUCCUACUACUAUCACUACUUCUACUACUACUGUUACUCCUACUACUAUCACUCCUCCUACUACUCCUGCUAUCACUCCUCCUACUAUUCCUGCUAUCACUAUUCCUGCUAUCACUACUCCUACUAUCCCUACUCCUACUAUCCCUACUCCUACUCCUGCUCUGCACCCAUCUGCACCCUCUACGUGUAUGCUUAUUAGCGCUCUCAUUCGGCCUUCACUCUUGGUCAUGAGUCUUCCAAAAGGCCAGACACUUUGGCAUAAGGGGUUCAAGAUAUUGUGUCCUCUCUCAAUGGUUGCAGCCAUCAUUGCCUUUAUUCUUUUGCUGCUAUGGGAGUCAAUACAAAUAACUCUUGUGGCUGUUGUGGGUGUGGCAAUGGUCCUGAGCUUGGGACAAACGAUUGUUGUUUUUCUACCCUUUGGGCCCAGCCAUGAACUGAGGUCCAUCUGUGAUCUGGUUCUCAGAGUGAUUUCCUUCACAACUGAGGUUUUUACCAUGGUGGCCAUAUUUGUGGGUCUGGAGGAAAUUGAGAAGUGCUGCUCGAUACACUGGCGCAUGAAAGUGAUGGGAGGGUAUGCAGCCUGGGUGGCUCUGUUCUACUUGAUGUUCAUAUACUUCUGUUGCAACCAGAGUUACCAGAGGAAAAGAAUUGGUGACAAAUGGAUUGUGCCAAAGAGAACGUUACCGGUAUGCCUACAGCCUGGAAGGUCUCAAUUUGAAGAUAUGAUGGUUAUUAUGCAAGUAUUUGCAACUGAAGGGGUUUCCACCACCAUACAUUUUACCUACAUAAAAAUAUCCCACCAUGUCGAACGAACAAGUUAUCGGUCGGUAUUUAUAAAAUUGUACCUGAAACUUCCUGUUUCCAUCAUGGAUGUUGUGAUUUAUUUUUAUACAGUACUCUCAAACUGUUGAUGGAAACGUAGUGACUGUCAUAUUUAUUUGUCUACAAUACAGCAACUUGUAGAGCAUUGUUACUCUGAAAGGCAAAUAGUUAACAAUAAAAAUGUCAAAAUUCCUGUCUAAAAUGUGUGCAUACACUAAAGGCGCGUUUACAGUGCCAAAUUUUCUGUUUUAAUAUUUAAUCAGUCAGGUAACUUCCUUAUUCCUUCUGUCUACACUACCACUUCCCCCACCGUUGCAGUUGCUCCAUUGUUGUUCUGUUCCCUUUCCAGAGAACUCUGAAAUAUGACGCUAUCAGCAACCACACAUCUAAACCAGUGGCGGCAGGUUCCGUUUAAGAUUAGGGAUGACUAUUUUUUCAUGAGCUUGGCCUUAUUUUUAUUACAGCAUGUUGGAUGACUCAUUCAUAUUCUAUUCACCCAGUUCAAUGUAACAGGUUUAGGCUACUACAUGAUACUCAAAUUUUCCCUAUACCCAUCAUGAUGUUGCUACAACCUAGCCUAUGAAUGAAAGUUUAGGUGCACACAGGUCGAGAGACACAUUUGAGAUGACAGUGACACACUUACCUGCAUCUAGCUGAUAUAGGGUGUAAUCAUUAGUCCAACAGUUGCAAACGAGUUUCUAUUGGACAAAUGCAGGUAUAUUUAUGUGUUCCGUUUGCUUCCCUUUAAGAAACAUUUGAACAGAAUUGGCAGAAUAAAUACACCCCAUAUCAUGCGUAAACACAGUUCACUUUCAUAGCAGCCAUGUUGUAUUUAUCUUGCAUCUAUGCACUCUCCUCUUCCAUUCGCUUGUGGACUUCAAUGCACAACACAUCAGCUGUGUAACCAGGCAAAAAAACCUUUCCAAGCCAAACCGCUAGACACAGUUUACAUCAUUGUCACCAUAUUAGUCAGCAUAGCUAAUAGAACUAACGUGUUAGUAAACCCACUAAUGUUAUAAUCAUGCAGUAACGUUACGGUGUACAGUCAGUAAGCAGUUCCACCAGCGGGCCCAGGUGGCAAUAAAUGAGUAAUACCAAAAAGCUUACCAUGACUUGCAAGAGUUCCAGUGUCAUAGCCAGCUAGCUAAUAUAGCAUCCCUCUGCUUGAGCAGAGUGUUUCAGUAGGAUAAACAAGCUAAGUAAGUGAAACUGAAGAGGAAAAAAAUGACAAUAUUUACAUCUUGCUUCUCCUUCAUUUUUGAAGAAGUUAAUUUGUUAACUUGUUAUGGCUGCAAUCCCACUAACGGGAUAAGUGUCAUCAACAACCACUGAAUAGCAUAGUGCAAUAUAGGAAAACACAGCUUAGCCUUUUGUUAAUCCACCUGUCGUGUCAGAUUUUGAAAUUAUGCUUUACAGCGAAAGCAAUCCAAGCGUUUGUGUAAGUUUUAUUUUUUUACUUUUCUGCUCUUUUGCACACCAAUAUCUCUACCUGUACAUGACCAUCUGAUCAUUUAUCACCCCAGUGUUAAUCUGCAAAAUUGUAUUAUUCGCCUACCUCCUCAUGCCUUUUGCACACAUUGUAUAUAGACUGCCCAUUUUUUUUUUCUACUGUGUUAUUGACUUGUUAAUUGUUUACUCCAUGUGUAACUCUGUGUUGUCUGUUCACACUGCUAUGCUUUAUCUUGGCCAGGUCACAGUUGCAAAUGAGAACUUGUUCUCAACUAGCCUACCUGGUUAAAUAAAGGUGAAAUAAAAAAUUUAAAAAAGUUCAUCGAUCGCAUGACAAAACAUUAAGUACACUUAGCAUCAGGUAGCUUGGUCACGAAAAUCUGAAAAUCAAUCAAAUUAAUACCUUUGAUCUUCGUAUGUUUUCACUCACGGGACUCACAGUUACACAACAAAUGUUCCUUUUGUUCCAUAAAGGUGAUUUUUAUAUCCAAAAUACCUCCGUUUGUUUGGCGCGUUAUGUUCAGAAAUCCACAGGAAAGAGCGGUCACGACAACGUAGACGAAAAUUCCAAAUAGUUUCCAUAAUGUCCACAGAAACAUGUCAAACGUUUUUUAUAAUCAAUCCUCAGGUUGUUUUAAAAAUAUAUAAUCGCUAAUAUAUCAACUGCAAAUGUCUUUCACAGUAGGAGAGGGAAAAGCAAUACCUAUCCAAACACUGUUGCGUGAGCAAAACUCAUGUGACCACUUGACGCGAUGUCAUCGCUCUGGCUCAUUUUUCAAAAUAAAAGCCUGAAACUAUGCCUGAAGACUGUUGACACCUUGAGGAAGCGAUGGGAAAAGGAAUCUGGUUCAUAUCCCUUUAAAUCCAGCAAAGGGAGGCUAUGGAACAUGUAGUUUUCAAAAUAGAAGCCACUUCCUGUUUUGAUUUUCCUCAGGGUUUCACCUGCAAUAUCAGUUCUGUUAUACUCACAGACAGUAUUUUGACAGUUUUGGAAACUUUAGAGUGUUUUCUAUCCAAAACUAAUAUGCAUAUAUUAGCAACUGAGACUGAGGAGCUGGCCGUUUACAAUGGGCACCUUUUCAUCCAAGCUACUCAAUACUGCCCCUGCAGCCAUAAAAAGUUAAACUGUUCAACUAUUGUCUUUCUCUUUGAGUCACCUUGUUAUACACUGCAGUGCUAGCUAGCUGUAGUUUAUUCUUUCAGUACUAGAUUAAUUCUCUGAUCCUUUGAUUUGGUGGAGAACAUGUCAAUCCAUGCUGCAAGAACUCUGAUAGGCUGGAGGAAGUUCUCCAGAAGUUGUCAUAAUUACUGUGCAAGUUUAUGGAAGGGGGGUGAUAACCAUGAGCUGCCAAGAUUUUGUAUUGAAGUCAAUGGACUCAGAGGCGGACGGAAGCUAGCUGUCCUCCGGCUACCCUAGAGUGCUCGAGGCUACUGUAGCCCUUUGCAAAAUAGUGUGUUUUAAACAAUUAUUUGGUGGCGUGAUUAUAUUUAGUAUAGUUUUACCUAAAAAUAUUAACUUUUUCAAAAUGAAAUUCACUGAGAAGGGGAAGAUCCUCUGGUCUAAACACAACUGGAGACAUCCCCACCAAUAAAUUCUAGUUCCUUCGGUUUUAUUUCCUCAAAUGGAGAUAACAUACAGCUCAACUCAAGUUGUAAGUAAUUAAAGAGGAGCAAAUUAGACAUACUGGACAUCAGACGUCCUUGAACUUUUACUGAUGAAAUUAGUAGGCUACUAAAUACUAUUUCCAGUGUCACACUAACUCACAUAAUUUACUCAAGUGUUUCCUUUAUUUUGGCAGUUACCGGUAUGCCUACAGUGGGAAGGCGCAAUGCGAGCCAAAUAUACAGCCUGUUGCAUUGUGGCCAUAGAUAUAUUCAUAGAAGGGUUUUGGAACCUCUUGCCUUGGCAAUUUGAGAAUUAAACCCCUCCCUCAUUACAUAUAUAGGGUCCUAGAUUACAGAUUAACAAUAUAUAUUCAUUAUAAAGGUUUUAAUAUGUUCCAGUCUUUUCUCACCUCUGCCUGAGAAAUGUGUGACUGAGACAGAUUUCUGCAGGGGAGUGUAAGAGAUAAGAGACUAGUCAGCGACAUUCCACUAUAAAUCGAGUGGACAUUUACUGCUGAGCUUUUAGAUAACACUAAAACUCUUGUUUAUAUAGCAGUGAAAGCAUGGUUUUGGUCUCAUGAGUAGAAGGUAAUGACAUAGGCAGUGACAUCACUAAGAUAUGACUGUAGGAAUAAUAAAACAACUCAGAACCUUUUCUAUUUUGCAGAACUUACUCUGAAACAUGCUUGCUAUGUUCCUGUUGUCAACUGUCUGCAAUUGCAUUAAUAAAGGUUUUUGAAUGAUUUAAUUAAA